AGGAUGUUUUAAUUGCGUAGGUUCAGUUGUUUUUCUUCCGGGGCCUACUGCGUGUUUCUCGAGAAUAGAAUCCAGUGUUUUGCGAUCAUCAUGAAGCUCACCAUAUUAAUUUCGAUCCUGUUACAGUUGUUAGUUCAACUAUGUUGCGCACAGUUUGGAGGCACACGUGGUUUCGCUGGGGGCUUAGGAGGAUGGGGAAGUCAAGGCAAUUUUGGCAGAGGUGGCAAUGGGGGCUUCAAUACUGAAAAUAUGGGUCAAGGAUUCAAUAUGGGACAAAGACCUAAUAUGGGACGAGGACUGAAUACAGGACAAGGAUACAAUAAUGGACAAGGAUUCAAUACAGGACAAGGAAAUGGACGAGGAUACAAUGGGAGAGGAAAUGAUAUGGGACAAGGAUUCAAUACGGGACGGGGAUUCCAAUCAACAAUGGGUGUAUAUUAAAAUCUAGAAAAAAAAUGAAUCGAUAUCUUCUAAUUCUCAGUUCUACCCAAAAAUAUGGAACUUCUAUAUAUACAUAUAUAUAAAACAUGUAUGAUUAUGUCUCAUGAAUUAAAUAAAAGAUAUAUAAAACUUA